ACACUUUUACCUCUCAGUCUAAUACUUAAACUUUAUAACAUCCUGACUGGUAAAACAUGUCUGAUAUCGGAUCUGAUGACUUUGACGACGAACAAAAUAAACUCGGGGAAUAUGAAGGAGACAGAAAUGAAGCAGGGGAGAGACACGGAUUCGGUAAAGCAGUUCUACCUAACGGAGACGUUUAUCAGGGACAUUAUGAGACCGGGCAGAGACACGGAGAGGGAACAUAUCGCUUUAAGAAUGGGGCGAGAUAUGUGGGAGAUUAUCUUCAGAACAUGAAACAUGGACAGGGAACUUUCUACUACCCAGACGGAUCUAAAUAUGAAGGCUCCUGGGUGGAGGACCUGAGACAAGGUCACGGUCUCUAUACUUACCCGAACAGAGACACGUAUGAUGGAGAGUGGCUGCAGCAUGUGAGGCACGGUCAGGGCAUUUACCACCAUCAUGACACUGGCGCAGAGUACAAAGGAUCAUGGGUAAAUGGCAAGAUGGAGUCAGCUGGAGAGUACAUCCACACCCACCACAGAUACAAGGGCAGCUUUGUCAACAACUACCCGUGUGGUCCGGGCAGAUACGUGUUUGACAUCGGGUGUGAGCAGCACGGAGAAUUCCAACAAACAGAGCAGCCGGCGACUGUUGAGGAGAACGGUAAAGAUAUGAAGUCACAGAGGUCGCCCUACAUGGCCUCCAGGGCGGGGACUCACAUGUUAGGGUCUGCAGGAGGAGCAGAGGAGGACCGAGCUGAGGGCGAGUGGGGCGAGUUGUCCUCCAACACCACCCUCAAGUGGAUCCCAAAGUGUAUCACCGGCCUGACACCAUGGACUCCAGGGAGAGACUCUACAGCUCGAGAAAAGGAAACAGCUUCAGCAGAGGAGGGAGCAGAGAACUCACCAUGAUCAAACCACAAUCUGUUCACAAAUAAUAAAAUAUGUAUUACAAUGCAUGAAUAAACGUGUAAAUAAACGUGUUAAGC